AUGGAAAACCCAUUCAAUUCCAAUACUUAUAAUAAUAAUUAUAAUAAUACUAAUUAUAAUAAUAAUAAUAAUUAUUAUUAUAAUAAUAAUAAUAAUUAUAGUAAUAAUUAUUAUAAUAAUAAUUAUAAUAAUAAUAAUUUGAAUAAUAAUUAUACCAGUUGUAGUAAUCAUCUCAACCUAACUCCUGAAGAAUCUAUGAUUGAUCAACCAAAGGAAAAAGAACAACCUAUGCCUUUCUCUGCACAAGACAGAACUUUGGCAGUUACUACACCGUCCAAUCUAGCAAUAGAAUCUCAAGUUACCGAUCUGUUGAGAGAGGAUGAGGAACCAUCUGCUGAUGCAUCGCCAGCUACUACCUUUUCCAUACAAUUAAUCGCCAAAGGAGGGCAUGUUAUUUACCUUAACCAUCCAAAUGCUCAAGUAGCUACUCUCAAGGUUCAACUACCUGAUACCGCACCAUCCACUUUAGAAUUACCAUUACAAAUAACUCCAGCAAUAGACGUAAAGCAACUUGCAAUAUCGACCCAUGAUUACCAAAAAAAUCGGGUGAAGGUAUGCGUACCUCGAUUAGAUCCUAAGGGUAAAGGAUAUGUACGUAUUGAAGCAUAUGGUUUAAAAGGAGGAUCAGGCGGUAUAGAACUAGAUACAGAGAAAUUGAUUACAGAUAUCGUAUCAGGGUUCCAUUUAGUAGGCAUGCAGCCUUCUUCGGAAAUGAUCAAUAGUUGGCGUCCUUUUUUAAGAGACUUCUCUACUACACUCUCCAAUAUGACUCUGGACUUAAAGGAUACCCCUUCUCCGAUGUCAAUUAAUUCUUAUGAUCCAGGUAACUAUCGCAGUACCUUUGAGCGAAUAGCGAGUCAUGCUACUAAUAGAAGAAUUACCCUCACACGAUAUGGGGCAGCCUACUUGCAUAUCGUGAGCCAAAUAAGAACAAAGAUCAAACAACAGCAAAGCCUUCCCAUUGACCCAGUUGAGUAUCCUUCCCAUAGCUAUACGGUAAGCUUACAACCCAACUUAUUGCAUAUGCUACCCUUGGUGGCCUCGCUGAAUCAUCUCUAUGCUACGCCCAUAGGAGGAGAAUUUACCUUUGAUGUAGGUAGUUUAAUGCAGAUAGCCCAGGUCGCUGUAUGCUUUCAUCCUGCUUUUUUAAAUUUUGAAAAUUCUAAAAGAAUUACUUCUACUGGCAUCAACCUAGAUGAUUUACUCACUGCUGCUUUACAAGAAACCACUUUGCAAGAGACUGCAAGAAAGCAAAUGGAUCAACAAGCACAAGAAAAGAUAAAAAAAACAGUAGGUGAGGUAAGUGAUUCGCUAGAAAACAUAGAACUAGUCAUUGAAGAUGCGAAAGAACAAUGGCAAUCCUUGCAUCCUCCCACAGAUAACUACCCAGCAUCUAUGCAAGAAAUCAUCAAGGAUUUGAAAGACAUGCAUACUUUACUAACUAAAAAACUCACCAUUUUAGAUGAUUUAGCCGGUGCAGAUGAGAAAAUUCGGGCUAAACGCAAAGAGCUGGUGGUAAAAUCCACCAGGAUGCAAGAUGAAAUCGAUGUCCUACUGCCUAAAAUGCAGCAGGAACUGGAAAAGGUGAAGAGGGACGCAGUAGCACAAGAGUCUACCUUAUUGGUUAGCCCCACAGGUAAAGGGAUCCGUAAUGACCGUGGAGGACAAGGUCAUUACGGUGCAUCGAGAGGUGGUCGCAAACAUAUGGGCAUAGAUUUUAGUUCAAUAGUAGGACAGGAUAUUGUAGCGCCUAUAUCUGGGAAAGUAGUCAAUUUUAAAGGAGCUAGAACAAAGUAUCCUAUGUUACAACUAUAUCCAUCAAAAAAGUUCACAGAAUUUGAUUAUCUACAAAUGUUAUAUGUUCAUCCUCCAGUUGGAAUCAAUAUGGGAGCUAGCUAUCAAGUAUCUGUUGGAGAUACUAUUGGUAUAGCGGCAAAUUUACAAGAAUUAGGAUACUCGGUAGAAGUGACACCACAUAUUCAUUUAGAACUAAAAAAGAAUGUACCUGGUAAAGAUCCUAUAAGUAUUGACCCCACUAAAUUUUUCUUCAACUAG